AUGCAGCAGGUGGAUCAGUGGAUUAAGGACAUCAAUACAGCCUUCCAAUACGCGCAAGUACUGGAAGACUCGGUCACCUGCACCCACUGGAUAAUGGGGAUGAUACACUUCAAUACCCAUAGGGAACUGAUCCAACAACAGAUCAACAAGGGGUCUAUCCGGACCUGGGCCAACCUCCGCUUGGAGGAGGAGCAGCUUGUCCAAGAUCCUGUAUUCACUUGGUACAAGAACUACGACAAGUUCUUCAACUUUGAGUGGCGAGACAAAGACUCUCUUCUCCGCAACCCCAAUCCGACACGCCUUGGCGUAGUCAAAAGCAAGCUGGAAGUGCUGCUGGGUGGUCUCAAGCACCUCAGUGUUGGUGAAUUUGUCUCCCCUACGGGCAGCCGCAGAGCUGUGCUUGCAAAGAGCACGAUCAAUGAGGAAGUCAAGCAUGUUGACAGUGCGGCGGAAGUGAGGCUUGAUCUACACGGCCGGCUGUCAGACUGCAUAUAUGCUCUCACUGAUCUCAUGAUCCAAUGUACAGCAACAGAGUACGCAGAGCACCCUGCAUGAAUGCUCCCACCGCU